AUGUGCGAGUAUAUUGAGCUGCAGCACAUGGAGUCUGUUCUGGUAUCGCAAAUCAACAGGCCCAAUUCUUAUAUGCCUCAUCAUGCAGUCGUAAAGCCCAACAAUAUAGAAAAAAUCUACGUAGUCUUUAACGCGUCGCAAAAAUCUCGCAAUGGGAUCGCCCUUAAUGAUUUGCUCUUGCCUGGCCCAAAGUUGCAGACCGAUAUCGCAAUAGUCUUAACACUUUGGAGGCAAUUUAGAUAUGUGUUUACUACUGACGUUAUCCAGAUGUUUAGGCAAAUACUGGUACAUCCCAAAGAUGCGGAUUGGCAGCGAAUUCUCUGGCGAAAGGAUAGCAAUCAGCCGUCGAAGGACUACAGAUGUACCACGGUGACGUACGGUACUGCGUCUGCUCCAUUUUUAGCUCUUCGCGUGAUGAAGCAGCUGGCCAUCGAUGGAGCUGCCGACUAUCCAGAUGCCGCUGCAAUCCUGCAACAUACGCUCUAUGUUGAUGAUCUCUUCGCCGGAGCAGACACGGUUGAAAAGGCGCUGCGACGACGUGACCAGCUGAUUGCUUUGUUAGGGACUGAUGGUAUGGCCCUUAGCAAAUGGGCAGCGAAUGAACCACAGCUGCUAUCAGGUUUGAUUUCAACGUCUACGGGUGUGGUGAAUGUAAAAGCAGACGAGGUAAUAUCUACUCUUGGCCUUAAGUGGCUCCCCCAAGAAGAUAAAUUCAUGUUUUCGGUCACCGAAACGCACUCACAAUGCGAAGUAACAAAACGCUUAAUCUUGUCUAAUAUUGCUCGUUUGUUUGACCCUCUAGGAUGGCUAGCACCAAUUAUUGUCGUUGCCAAAAUCAUUAUGCAAGAUUUGUGGAUCGAUAAGAUGGACUGGGACGCGCCUACAACGCAGUCUCUGCAAGCUCAAUGGUUGCAAUUCCGAGCCAAUCUUUCAGACGUACCAAGGAUCCGAAUUCCAAGGUGGAUAAACAUAAAGGAGAAUGACGACUGGCAGCUGCACAGAUUCGCCGAUGCCUCGCAAAGGGCUUAUGCUGCAGCAGUUGACUUAGUGGUGCCUAAGUCUACGCCUAUGCUGCUUGUAGCGAAAACCAAGGUCGCGCCUACGAAGGUGCAGUCGCUGCCAAGGCUGGAGCUCUGUGCUGCUACACUGCUAUCUCGACUGACGUUGUAUCUCCUUAAUUCGUUGCAUCGUCCACCGACAGCGAUCCACUGCUGGUCAGACUCACGAGUUGUACUGGAGUGGUUGAAGGAUCAUCCGUCCAGGUGGCAAACCUUUAUUGCCAACCGCACAAGCGAGAUCAUCACUCGGAUUCCAUCAGCUAUUUGA